UGCAUCGAUUACUUGCCGGCUCUAACGCAAACAAUUGCAAUAAUUUUGGAAAAACAAGCUACGCUUUUUUCUUUACAUAUAUUAUAUGUUUUGUAUUUGAACUGCAAUAAAAACAAGUGAAAACAAUUUUACAACAACAAUAACACAUACAUUUAUUAAAAGAAAUUCGAUUAAUUACGUAGUUUAUGUAUUUACUUGAUAAUCAUGUCGACUAUUGAACGGCUUACGAUUCAAGGUAUAAGAAGUUUUGGCGGAAAUGCUGGAGAUAGUCAGAUGAUAGGUUUUACCUCGCCGGUAACCCUGAUAUUGGGUGAAAAUGGUUGUGGCAAAACGACUGUAAUUGAAUGUCUGAAGUAUGCCUUGACGGGAGAAGUUCCACCGGGCAGUGACCGUGGCAAGAACUUUGUUCAUGAUCCUAAAAUAUUUGGUUUAACCGAUGUUUUGGGUCAGAUCAAGCUGGAGGUGCGUAAUGUCCAGGGUGCUCGCCUAUCCAUAUGUCGUUCCAUGAAACUGGCAAUUCGUCGCGGUAAGAUGUCGUUUGAAACGCUCGACGCUACGCUGAAUUACUUGAAUGAUGGUGGCGAUGGUAAAAUGACGCACGAAUCGAUUUCGAAUCGAAAUGCCGAUGUCGAUUUGGCUGUGUCUCAAUUUAUGGGAGUCUCCAAAGCCAUAAUAAACAAUGUUCUGUUGUGUCAUCAGGAAGAUUCUAGUUGGCCAUUAGAUGAGCCCAAGAAAUUGAAGGAGAAAUUCGAUGCAAUUUUUGGUAUAUCUGAAUAUAAUAAAGCUCUGGACCGUAUUAUUAAGAUGCGAAAAGAGGAAUUGGAUAUAUUGAAACUUAAAGAGGCCGAUUUACGUUUUGAGGAACACUUAAAGGUGGAAAUGGAAGAGAAAACAUUGAGUUUGCAAAAAUAUCAAGAGAAAUCAAAAGCUAUUGAAGAACAGUGCAAACAAUGUGAAGAAGAAAUGGCCCCCAUUGAGGAACGUCUACAACAGAUCCAUAAAAUUGAAGCAGAAAUGAGUAAAUUGCAAGCUCAAAAGAUUGAACUGCAAACCAAGCAGAAAAAUUGUCAAGAUCAAAUGAACAAUUUGAAAAAGAAAAUUAAAACCAUGUUUGAAGGUACUUUGGAAGAGUUGGACACCGAAAUUGGCAACUUUGGUCAACGUAUGUCUGAAAAGCGUCUCGAAAGACGUGAAGUCGAGGGUAAACUUAAUUCCAUCAAGAAGGAAGAGAAAAGCUUACAAAAUCGACACAAUGAUGUCGAUAAGAAACGCGUUGUUGCAAUACAACAAAAGCAAAAGGAGACCGAUUGCAAGGAAAAACGUGCUGAUAAAAUCAAAGCAUUGGCACAACAGAUGAAUUUAACUAUUCCCGAAGUUUUCGGGGAUUCUGAGGAGGAGAUUUCAAAAAUACUCGAGGACAUACAAGGUGUCCUCAAUAGCGAACAGGGCAAAAUUAAUGAAACCAUUAGCCAACAUGAUGCCGAGGAUCAAGAACGGCAAACGAAAAUAGAUCAAUUGCGUGUUGAGGUAACAAAACUCCAAGAAUCGGUGGUCACAAUGAAUAAACAAAAGAAAGCCCACGAAAAAGAGAUUGAACAAAUCGAAAAGAAAAUAUUAGAAAUUGAAAAAUCAACGCAGCAAUUGAAAGUGGUUACUACAAAAUUAAAAGAGACCGAAGAUUGUUACGAAGAGACCGCUGCCAAGUUCAAUCAAAACGAGCUACGCGAACAGAUACAAAACGAUAAGGAGGCCAUAAAGGGUCUGGAGGCCCGUUUUCGCAAGGUUGAUGAGCGCUUGACUUUUUUGAAUUCGAUUUCAAAAUUGGUAGCCGAAUUGAAUUUGAAAGAACAAGAACUUGAGAAUCGUGAAAAGGAGGUUCAAAGAGUUAAGAGCAAGCACAAUGGAAAUUUCCGUAAAAUUUUCGAAGAGGGUAAGGUGGUCGAGUCAAAUUAUCAACGUCAUGUAAAAGUUACCUAUGAAAAAUCUCGUCGCCAAAUCAAGGAGUACAACAACAAGAUCAAUGGCUUAAAACUCAAGGAGCAGCGCAUCGAAAUAAAACGCAAAUCUCUUAAAGAAGAAUUGCAAAAGGCCGAAAAAGAAUUGGAAGAUUGCAAAGAGACCAUUUUUGAAAAAUGUCGCAAUACACCGUAUGAGGAGUUGUUGACCAAGUCGAAGGCAUUACUCAGUAAAUAUCAACUCGAAUUGGGAGCACAAAAAUCAGCCGAAUUAUUUUAUAAACAAUAUUUGCAAAAAAUCGAAGAUGAACCCUACUGUCCGUUGUGUCAAAAAGACAUGACAACUACUGAAGCUUCUGGUCUUACCUCGGAACUCAAUGAUAAAAUUGUUGACCUUCCACAAAAUAUUGAAAGAAUUGAGAAGCAAUUAAAAGAAGAGCAAAAGAAAUAUGAAUUAUUGCUGCAGCUUAAACCCACCAUAGAGCGGGUGGAAAAACUUGAAGAGGACAUUCCCAAAAAGAAAGAAGACCUACAGAAGCUACAGGAUGAGUUGGCCGAGUGUAGCAAAGAAACCGAAACCAUACAGGGUCUGUUGGCUGAACCCACCGCCAAUAUGGACUUGGCCAAUUCCAUGAUGGGUGAUAUGUCUCUGCUGGACGAGGCAAUUAAACAGGUGGCUCGUGCCAAAGAGGAUAUUGUUAAAAUCAAAAAUAAAUUCCCCAAGGAUAAGGACGAUGAAAACGGAACCACGUCCAUUGAUGAGGUGCAAGCUGAAAAAACUGCUGUGACCACUGAAUUGGAGGAGAAGCGCAAGCAAUUGGAACAAAAUCAACAAUACUAUGAGAAGAACAUGGAUGCAUUGAAUAAAUUGCGCGAUCUAAAAAAUACGUUAAAGGAUCAACAAAUUAAAUUGCAGGAGGGUAUACAAAACUUACCCCAACUUCAGGAACGUCAAACGGAAUUGCAAAAUCUUUUGGUAACAAUUGCCGUCGAAGCCCAAGAAAAUCAGGCUAAAGUAGGACCUUUGAAGACUCAGCUGAAUACCGCAAUCAAGGAGAAGAGUCAAAACAAGGAAUCAAAUCGUGUUAAAGUAAAUCAAAUGCUUAUGAAAUUAGAUACUUUAAAGCGUAUGGAUCAAGAUAUACAAAGAUUGCAUGCAGAAGUUUUGGAUUAUGGUAAAUUAGAUUUGGAUCAUAAAUUGAAAACGUUCGAAGAGUCUCUAAAAGGAAGCAAAGAAGAAUUACACAAAUUGGCUGAAACUAUUGCCGAAAUGCAAACAAAAUUGGAGGGCAUCAAACAAGAAUUGGCAAAUCAAGAAACCGCCGAUCGAGAUCUCAAAGAUAAUCGUGACCUUAAAAUACUACAACAAAAAUUUGAAGAAUUAAAUGCAACCUAUGAAUCGCUGGCCGAAGAGUUUAGUAAACUUGAUUUCUCCACCGUAUCGAAAGAGAAGAAAGAACUCAGUGCUAAACGUGAAAAAAUCACGGUACGCAAAGGUGAACUACUCGGGCAGACGGGUGAAAUUAAACAACAAAUUCGCAAAUUGGAAAAGGAAUUGUCGGCACCCAAAUAUCGUAACUCCUUAAUGAACUACAAACGGGUCUAUUACGAAGUCGAAGUGACGCGAAAGGUGGCCAACGAUUUGGGACAGCACCGUGUUGCUCUCGAAUGGGCUCUCAUGCAAUUCCACACGGAAAAGAUGCGGGAAAUCAAUCGUUUGAUUCGUGAAUAUUGGCGUUUAAUUUAUCGUGGCAAUGACAUCGAUUACAUACAAAUCCAAACCGAAGAGAGCAAAGAUGCUUCGUCGUUGGAUAAACGGCGCAACUAUAAUUAUCGUGUCAUACAGUCCAAGAAUAACUCCGAAAUUGAAAUGCGUGGCCGUUGCAGUGCCGGUCAACGAGUGCUGGCUUCACUCAUUAUACGCAUGGCCCUGGCCGAGACAUUCAGCAGCAAUUGUGGCGUUUUGGCAUUGGACGAACCCACAACCAAUUUGGAUCGCAAUAAUAUUCUGUCGUUGUGUGAUGCCCUCAAUCGAAUUGUCGAAGAACGACAAACACAAUCCAAUUUUAUGUUGAUCAUAAUUACCCACGAUGAAGCCUUUAUAUCGACGUUGGGUAAAAUUAACAAAUACAAUCGAGUAUUCCGCAAUGAUGAGUGUAAGUCGGUAAUACGUCAGGUGAGAGUGGCCUAAGAGUGCGACCAAACACACACACACACACACAAACGGAGAAAUUAUUUUAAGAGUAUUAUUGAACAUAAAAAUGGAUAUAUUUUUAAGAAAUAUACAAGAACACAUAAUACAACUAUAUAUAUUUUUUAUGAUACACAAGAAAAAAAUUAAACAAAAGAAAAUAUAAAAUAAAAACAGUC